AUGGAAGAAGCAGGAGGCGGACACUAUUUCGUCCAAGAGGAACCCUGGCAAUGCAAGCUAGAGCCAUCAUUGCCCUGGGAGGAGGUUGAAGCCUACAAGAUGCAAGAAUAUGGCAUACUUGUCAUGGGGGAUCAUUGUGCACAUCGCAGAGAUUACCAGUUCCCCAGGAACCUCCUGAACUGA